UUACUAUUAAUUAAACCAUGAUGAGAAUCUCCAUCUUCACUCUUCUUUUUCACAUCCUUUGUUUGCGUGCCGCAGUAAAAACCACACCCUUACAUGCAAACAAAGAAGAAGCUGAAGCUCUCUUACAAUGGAAAAACAAUGGCCUAUCAUCAUCAUCAUCAUCUUCAACUUCUUUACUGGAUUCUUCUUGGUCUGUCAACAACCUCACAAAUUUGUGCAAUUGGGAGGGAAUCACCUGUAACCGAGGUGGAUCUGUUUCAGAGCUCAACCUACCUCAUGGGAACAUCAGAGGAACCUGAGACCUUAUCAAUCUUUUGCAAUGUCACAUCUCUUUCAGUCCUUUUUAUAGCAUAUAACAAAUUGAAUGGACAUAUUCCACAAUGCUUGGGAAACAACACGAAUCUAGAUUCUUUUGUUCUUCGUGGCAAUCAGUUUCACGGGGGUAUUCCAAAAUCACUCUGCAAUGCAUGCCACCUUCAUUUUCUUGACCUGUCAAGCAAUUACUUGAGUGGUGUCAUUCCAACGUGCCUGGGAAAUUUUAGCAAUCAACUCUCAAUCUUGCAUCUUGACAAUAAUAAUUUGCAUGGUGCUAUGCAUAGAGAGUUUUGCAGUUCAACCCCUUUCAAAUUUCUUGACCUAUCUCAUAAUAGUUUGAGUGGUGUUAUUCCUCCGUGUUUGGGAAAUCUAAGCACAACAUUGUCACUACUUGAUUUAAGCAUGAACCAAUUUUAUGGAAACAUUCCAGAAGAAACUUUAAAGGGUGAUGUUCUGCAAGUUCUCAUCUUGCAUUUUAAUGAAUUCGAAGGACCAUUACCUCAUACUCUGCUCAACUGUACAUCUCUCCAAGUUCUUGAUGUUGGAAACAAUGGGCUAAAUGACUCAUUCCCACACUGGUUAGAUGCUCUUCCACAAUUGGCAGUGCUCAUCUUAAGUUCUAAUCAUUUUCAUGGGGUGAUAAGCAAUCCCACCACCAAGAUUCCAUUCCCUAUGCUGCGAGUUCUUGAUCUUUCCAACAAUCACUUCACUGGACAUUUGCCUGAAAAUUAUUUGCUGCAUUUUACUGGGAUUAUAAAUGAUAUUACUCCUGAUUUAGAUGUAACAUACUCUAGUGACCAUUUUGUUUACGUUCAUGGAAGCUCUGUAAUGCUAGUGGUGAAAGGGUCUGUGUAUACCGUGGAAGAAAUUCUAAACCUGUACACACUCAUAGACUUAUCAAGUAACAUGUUUGAUGGAGAUAUUCCUAUUUCCAUUGGAAUCCUUGGUGUUCUUCGGCAUCUCAAUCUGUCUCAUAAUAGGCUAACUGGCCAUAUACCAUCAUCAUUGGGAAAUCUAACAUUGCUUGAAGCGCUAGACAUGUCUUGCAACCAGCUCACAGGGGAGAUUCCAUGGCAACUGUCAAAGCUUGGAUUUCUGGAAGUACUGAACGUCUCCUAUAAUCAUUUAUUGGGAGCAAUACCCCGCAGCAGGCAACUUGAUACAAUUGCCAAUGACUCCUACCUGGGAAACACAGCACUGUGUGGCUUUCCAUUGACUCUGGAAUGUGAAGCCAGCAGAAAACCACAUGUACCGUCACAAGAAGAAGAAGAAGAAGAGGAUUCAGGUUUUUUUAAUGGAUUUUCUUGGCAGAGCGUGACGAUAGGAUACUGCUGUUCAUUUCCAUUUGGAGUUUGUGUGGGAUAUUUUGCUUUGCGGUGUGGAAAACUCAACUGGUUGCUAAGGAAACUCACAUGGAAGAGAGGAAAGGGUUCCAAAAAUACUGUUCCAAGAAGACAUGCCAGAAGAAGAACACAUUAGAUUUGCAAAGGCUUUUUUGGUUGCAGAUUAAAGCAGCAGCGUGCGCACUGCACUUCUGAAUUAUAUUGCUUCUACUUAUGGAGUACUACUUCUGUAUAAUAUGGCUUUUCCCUAUUGUUGGUUGUGUUGUUUUCUAGUACUUUAAGAGUUGUUUUAAACGUCAAAUAAUUAGACAGAAAGCAAUAAUGUAGAAUCAAUGUGAACGACGUGCAUCAUUAUUACAAAUAUCUUAGAUAUGUGCUUUAAUUUAUAAUGAAU